CUGCUUCGCUUCUCGUCUGAAAGUUGGUGCAGAGCUGAUGAAGAUGGAGGAUUUCCAGACAGAUGUGAGGUCUCACUGAUCCAUCCUUCCCUGGAUGCAUCAUCGUUGCAUAAAGAAGAUCCGAGCAGCUUCAUCUGAAAGCCGGAGGAAAGCCGAGCUGCUGGGAAAACCAGAUCCAUUCAUUCCUGAUUAAAUUCUGUUUUACAUCUUUGGAAAGCAGCAGGAACUUUUUAAUUCCCAGACUGAACCACGCUGAUCUCUUCAGGACGAGUAAAGUUGCUGCUCUCUGUUAUUCUGAGCAUCGUGAGGAUUUCUUCUGCGACUCUCUGAGAUUUAAUGAUGGACCUGAAGCUUGGAAAUGUGACUGUUUUCUCGUGUUUCAGCCCUCUGAUCAAACUAAAGUUCUAGUUUGAAAAAAAUCUGGCUCAAGUGGAUAAAAAACUUGUCUUUGAAGUGAAUCUCAGGUGUUAUGGACGUCUUCCUUGUCAUGAAUCGGCCUUAAGCUGAAACACCCCAUCAGACGUUUCCUCUGAGUUUCUUGUCUUGGUGGACUCCGUCCAUCUGCCUGCCAUGUCUCUUGCUUUGGACUGAAAGGCGAUCAACUUUAGAGCUGAGACCCAGAGCGGGUGGAGAUGGCGGCGGCCAUCGCCAGCUCCCUGAUCCGACAGAAGCGGCAGGCCCGCGAGUCCAACAGCGACAAGGUCGCCACCAACAAGAGACGCUCCAGUCCCAGCAAAGACCCGAGGUCUUUGUGCGAGAGACACAUCUUCAGCGUCUUCAGCAAAGUUCGUUUCUGCAGUGGAAAGAAAAGACCCGUACGCCGGAAACCAGAGCCGCAGCUGAAGGGCAUCGUGACACGCCUCUUCAGCGAGCAGGGCUUCUUCCUGCAGAUGCAGCCGGAUGGAUCCAUCAGCGGAUGCAAAGACGAGAACAGCGACUACACUCUGUUUAACCUGAUCCCAGUGGGUUUGAGGGUCGUGGCCAUCCAGGGAGUGAAGGCUGCGCUCUACGUGGCCAUGAACGCCGAGGGAUUCCUCUACACAUCAGAUGUGUUCACACCCGAGUGCAAAUUUAAGGAGUCGGUCUUCGAGAACUACUACGUCAUCUACUCAUCCACGCUGUACCGGCAGCACGAGUCGGGCCGGGCCUGGUUCCUGGGUCUCAACAAGGAAGGAAUCAUCAUGAAGGGGAACCGAGUGAAGAAAACCAAACCCUGCUCACACUUCGUACCCAGACCCAUCGAAGUCUGUAUGUAUAAGGAGCCGUCGCUGCACGAGCUCGAGGAGAAGCUGCUGAAGUCGUCACGGAGCCCGACGUUGAACAGCGGGGAGCGCGCGAGGAGCCUGAACCGGGAACCGCGGCAGCUGGAUUCCUCCACAGAGCGGGAGGCCUCGUAGCCUGCAGCGCCCCCUGUAGGAGGAGGAAGAGGAGGAGAACUCCCAUUUUAACACUGUUCAGCAACAACAACCACACCAACAACAACAACCGCCACGAUGACGACAAUGAAAAAAAAGAAGCUAAAAAAUGGGGAAAAUCUGCUGCUCGUGUGAAAUAUUUUAAUCAAUGAGGGAGGGGUUUGUUUGGAAAUGAAAAAAAUCAGGACGUUGAUGAUGAUGAUGAUUUUAUGCAAAAAAAGAAAAAAAAAAAAAUCCCUGCUGAAAUGGUGCCGGGAGGCUAGCACACCUGCUCCUCAUCAUCACAUCGCAAUCAUCAUCAUUUUUGUCGCAGCAACGACAAAAUGAGUCGGGCGAGCGCCGAGAACUCCGAAGCUUUAAGCCAUGUAGAAACUUCACUUCCUUUCAUUUUUUAAUGAAUGCUGAAACUUUCGCACUUUUCACACGCUGUGCUUCUUCUUCUACUUCUUCUUAUCUGUGUUGUCCGUCCAAUCAGAGGGAAGCGAUUCCUCUUCAGCUGCCACUUGUUUGAUUCUUCUUCUGUUUUUACGAGUUAGGGACAUAUUGUGAGUUUGUCGUAGACACUGCCGAUUAAAAUGUCCAGUUUUGUCACAGCCGGCCUGGUUAUGUUGGAGUGGGUCGGUCAGGUUACCUGGUUGAUGAGGAUCAGCGCCACCUGCUGGUUUCUGACGGUCUGUUUACUACAAAUCACAUAAACUCCAUGCAUGCUUCAAAACGUCCAGCGGGCUUUAGCUUCAGCUUCGUUUUCCUCUGCACUUCAGUUCCAUGAAAAUCCUCCCAAAAUGGUCUUUUCCAAAAAACAAAGCUUUUGUUCCCAGAAGGUCGGGGAACGAGCCGACCCUAAGAUCCAACUCUGUAGUCAACGACUCCCAUCAGGGAACUGAAUCUUCAUUAGGGGCGGGGCUUUAUUUUGGUGUGCACACCAUCCAGCCAAUUACAAGUGAGGAAAGACUAGGACUGUACCAUUAUGUGAAUAAAGGAGGGGGGAAGAGUUGCAGAAGACAGUAAGUCUGGUGGGAGAAAGUGAAAGUGAGCGAUGGGGAGUUGGAUUUAACCCUUUAAAGUCUGACCUAAGAAGAAUAAGGAGAAAAUUCAUUUUAAAUUUGGGCCUUUAACACAAUGUAUUUUCCGUGUAAAAUGUCAAAAUUCAACAUGGUUGGAUGGAUAGUUUAAUGAACAGCUGAUGGAAGUGGUGAGAAAAUACGGAAAUCAAUACAACACGGGGCAGAUGGAGACGCCACGGAUGACGUUUCUCGUGAAGUACGAAUUAACCAGAACCAAACCAAAACUAACCAAAACUAACUUUCUCCUUUUUCUUGCAACCUUGACAAAGGUUCUCUGUUCUCGUGGAGGAUGUAACAAGCUUCAGUAUUUCUGGAGAGAAAUCUGUUGGAGCAGCAUCUAGUGGCUGAUAGAGGAAUUGCAGUUUUCUAACAUUAAAAAAACAUCGAUACUG